AUGGCUGACAGGCACCAAGAUCCAACUGCUAUGCAAAAGUUUUCUGGUCAGCUACAUCUGGGUUCCAGCCUUUCUCAAGAUUCCCACAGCCACUAUGGGGGCUUCCAGAGGCCUGCUCUCAAUCAAAGGCGUUUCGCAUAUGGAAAUUAUUCUAAUGCAGCAUUGGAGUAUCCAAUGAACCACGCAUGUCGAGCUAAUGAUCCACUGGUGGCUUCAGGUGUCUUACCUGUGUGUGUCCAAGCCCCAAAAGAGAAAGGAUUUUCAGGGCUUCGCUAUUGA